AUGGUUUGUCAUCAUGGGUUCGAUCGAAAUGCAGCACAAGCUGCUUGCCGUUCUCAAAAGAAGAAACUUCAGAUGUUUUCACCAAAUGAUCUAUAUGAUAAAUGUUACUUUCAAUAUAACAAUGAUCCUUUCGUCGUUCCAUGGGACUUUGUCUUAGAUAAUUUCAAUUGCACAAAUGAUAUGCAUGUCGGAAUUGGAUGUGGAGGAACUUAUGAGCCUCCUACAACCACUACUACGAGUGCCGAAGCCUUUUUAGUUACGCCUUGCUCUACUGCAACCUGGUCUCGAGAAGGCACAGUGGUGGCAGGACGAAAUCCUAAUACGGGAAAUAGUCUAAUUGGUCCAUCUGGCUUGUAUGUCAAUUCGAACAAUACUGUCUUCUACACGGAUCCUUUCCGUUCGGCAGUUAUAGAAUGGCAGACAGGUGCGACAUUUGGUAAGAUCUUGGCUCGGCCCGGUUUGCCUCACGGUUUAGUUGUUGAUGAUGAGGAAACCUUUUAUGUAACUGAUGACAAGCAGGUGACACGUUGGACAAAAGGAGCUACUGUAGGAGAAACUAUCAUUUCUUCUGCGGGAAUACUUAGUGGUAUUGCUUUUGAUGCAAAACGAGAACAUAUUUACGUCGUAGAUACGGAGAAAGGCGUUUUCAAGUAUGACAGAGAUGGAACAAAUGCAGUGCUCGUUAUCCCCAAAACUGAAGAUAUUAGUACCAUUGCGGUUGACAGCAACGGGGCUAUCUAUUGGGCAAAUUACGUGGGUGAUAAAGUGAUGAAGUUGUCAGUGAAUGCCACAUCAAGUAUUAUUAUAGCUGGCGGCAACGGAAAAGGAAACGGAACAAAUCAGUUUUGGAAUCCAUAUGGUAUUCUUGUUGAUCGGCUUGGCACAUUAUACAUAACCGACACGGUGAACAGUCGAAUCGUACGUGUACCUUCAGAUGGUGGGGCGCCAACGAUCAUUACCGGAGAGCAAGGUCAAUUACGUUAUCCUGUUAACCUUACCUUCGAUCGCUUGGGAAAUCUCUAUGUGAUAGACAAUUAUAGUGAACGAGUUCAGAUGUUCACAUUUGACAAGACUUCAUGUGCUCGACAAUGA